AUGUCAUUCGGUCCUUCCAGCCUUCUCGGCUCGCGCACCAAUAGCGGUCGCAAGAACCUCGGUCCCGGUGGCAGCCUAGUCCGUGGAAGCGACGACAGCGCCUCCAGCAGCCGCACCGGCACUCCUACCGGCAGCAAAAAGGAAGACAACUCUUCCAUGAAUGCUUUCAGCGCGCUUGCUGCCCUUGAAGAUCGGGAUAACAUGGCUACCUCGCCACCGUCAAACCCCACUUCCCCGAUGCUCACCAAGUCGCAGCCCGCGGCCGCGGAGCGUCGUCCCUCAAAAACCCCAUCUGUCAAGGACGGCGAAUCCACAGCAUAG